AAACCUCAGCACAACGUGUCUCGCUACCAUGAAUGACCGGAUUUUCGAUCAAGGAAUCCGGGUUCCCGUGACCUCUGUUCCAGUGGGCCAUCUCCUGGAAGCCACAACAACCCGCGUCGCCUAAAGGUCGUCUUCGCCACUGCCGCGCCGCGCAGUGCAUUUCAUCCGACAUGUCACAGCACUACAACAGAUACCUUCCGCCCGAGGUGGAGGGUACCACGAGCGCGAAUCGUCUCCAGAAGCGUCGCGCUCCGGGCGUGCUGAAAAAGGAUGGCUCGCAGACGGUGCGCUUCGAGAUGCCUUUCGCCGUCUGGUGUCACACUUGUCAACCACACGCCAUCAUCGGGCAAGGUGUUCGAUUCAAUGCUGAGAAGCGCAAAAGUGGCAACUAUUAUAGUACUCCAAUAUGGAGUUUCCGCAUGCGGCACCCAGCAUGCAACGGUGUUAUUGAGAUCAAGACCGACCCCAAAAAUACUGCCUACGUGGUUGUUGAAGGAGGUAAGGCUAGAGACUACGGAGAUCCAAAUGACCGAAUCCGUGAAGGUGAGGGUGAUAUUCCCCUCUUGACUGCAGAGGAACGAGAGCAGAGGCGUGAAGACGCUUUUGCACAGCUGGAAGGCAAAGCCGAGGAGAAGCAGAGCACUGAGAGCAAUGCGAAACGUAUUCGAGAGCUGUACCAAGCUGGCGAGCGCGCCUGGGACGAUCCCUGGACCGCCAACAGACGAGUGCGUGACACUUUUCGACGCGAGAGGAAGACCAUAAAACGCAAAGAACUGGCCGACCAGCAGAUUAAGGAUCGAAUCGGUACUGAAAUGGAGCUGCUACCCGAAACGCAGGAAGACGAACUGCGCGCGAAGACCGUCUCCUUUGGCGAAUCCAGUGCGAGCUCAGAGCUGCGAAAAGCAGACGCGAAGCCUAUGUUCACUAGAACAACUAGCGGAGUCAACAAGCGAUCUGCCGCACCGAGCAAAGAGAAUGCUAAGGACUUGCUCAGGCGCAGACUUGUGUCAAGCACAAGGGCGAGUGUGAACCCUUUCGGCUGAAGUCCAGAUCUCGAACUCAGAGUCUUCCGCCGAUAGUUUGUGACGGAGAGCAGCCUUCGACGCCUCCAUGUUAUGGCUCCGCAGCUCUGUUGGCAGCACUCACAGCGAUAAGCUAUAGAG